GGGCGAUGGUCGUGUUCAAAGGGCGUGAUAUCGCAUAUAAAAGGGCGACUGUCGCAUUCUAAUUUUUAGAUAUCGAGUAUCGCUUCGUGCGUCGUGUUUCGCCCUUGAUGAAAGAAUGGCGAGAUUAUAGAUGGCACUAUCCGGAUUCCGUAAAUUGGAUCUUGAAAUAGAAAGUGCAGAAAUUUAUCUAUUCGACUUAACUUGUGUGUGUAUUUGGAAGUGUCAUUUAUUUGAGGAUAUUUUAAAAUCGAAAAUGCAAGACAUUUUAUCAUUGUUAAAAAUUACUGGAUCUUAAAUUAAAACUGUACUUUUUGCUUGUGUUUCAUUUACACUUUUAUUUAUUCGAGGCGGAUUUUAUUUGUGUUAUGUUUCAUUCAUGAUCUUCCUAGAGCUGUAUCGAGCGAUUGAUUGAUACACAUACCAUGCGUAUGCGAGUUCAGAAGUGUUUCUAAGAAAAGAAUGAUCUUCCUAGAGCUGUAUCGAGCGAUUGAUUGAUACACAUACCAUGCGUAUGCGAGUUCAAGUGUUUCUAAGAAAAGCACCAUGUGGCCAUGGGGAAUCCUAGUUCUUCUUACAUGUUUUAGCUUUCAGCUUUUAUGAGUACAGAUGUAAAGCGACGCAUAGGAUAAGUACCUGGUACUUGAGUUAUUGCAACUAGGGGAAGGCCCGAUUGGUUUUGCGAAAUCUGUUUUGAUUUGUCCAAGUCAGACUUUGUUAUAUAUAAAUAGUGAAAGCGUAAGUAGUUAACCACGACUUUCAUUGUCACGACGAGGACUGUAGUGAUUCAUGAUAACGUAUAGAUCGGUUUAAGCGUGUUAGGUGAAGUUUUAUACGAGGUUAUGCAAACUUAAAGUCUGAUAAAACAUUCAAUCAACACAAACAUAUAACUGUGUAUUAUCAACUUUCGAAGUGCCAUCUUUUAUUUAAUCGCGUCUUUGGUUAUUAAAUCUUCUUUUUAAUGCCAGCAUUCAACAAAUGGCACACGGAGGCAUCGGAUGUACAGAGUCAGAGACUGGAUACAACAGCCUGUACAGUCGUCACUCUCGGAAUUAUGUGGAAAGUGUGUCCGUGGAGAUCAGCAGUAUAAUGACCCGGCUGGGGUACGGCGAGGAGAUUAGACGAUGGCGAGCUGAGAAAUACCGGGAGAUUGAUAGGCUGUGGAAUGCACGAUUACGCGAUGAAACUGUUAUCACAGCUGGCAGCAAGGCAGAGGGGUUGACCUGCGCGCAUGAAAGUGACCUGGACGUAUUAAGCGUGUUGAACGGUGUUCUCUGUGUUGAAGCUGGUAUCAAUCUAUACACCAUACCAGAGAACAUAGAUGUGUUUAAGAUGGAUACAUGCGUAUAUCCAGGACACUGCAGACUGUUACAAGAGAGACCAGCAAAUGUACGCUAUGGUGCAAUUACCAAUGCUCUGUCUGAUGAUGGAUAUGGAGACGUUCUAUUAUGUAGUAGUUUAUUCCUAGAUGAAUGUUCGGCAGCAGCAUAUAAAUUGCCAUCAGUGUCGUAUCACGAAAGAGCGGGACCAUCGAUGCCGAUGUCAUGUUAUGACAUAUUUCAUAAGGAUAGAGUAGCUGCACUACGUUGUCUCUACCCCAGCAUCUUACAAAAAUGGUCUGCGAGACCACGAUAUUGGCCUCCACCCAUCAUAGUUAAGAAAGUCGUAUCAUUAGAAGCCUAUGUAACCCCAGUUGGAUUUAGGCAAAGUGAAUAUAAACACAUAGAGUGGAGGAUUUGUUUCAACACUGGUGAGGUAGAACUUGUGAACAACCUUAAUGAUACACAAACAAAAAUUUAUGUUAUUCUCAAAAUGAUUGUCAAAGAUAUAAUGAAACCAAAAAAUAAAGAAAUAACAUCGUACUUGGUGAAAAAUAUCAUAUUAUGGCAAGCAGAAAACACCCCACAGACAGAGUUUCAUGAACGAAGCUUACUUCACUGGCUGCAUGACGGGCUUAGAGAGCUUAGGACUGCUAUUGAGACAAAACAACUUCGAUAUUACAUGAUUCCGGAUAGAAAUUUAAUGGCGGCCUGUGGUUUGGGGGAUGCGCAGCAGCAUAAAUGGGUAGCAGAUAUUACGGAAAUGCUGGGGGAAGGCCCCAGAGUAAUACUGAGAUUGCCGAAGAUACGAAAGGCCAUUGUUGCGUCCCCAGAGCCGAUGUUGUGGUUCAGCAAGAAAAGGAUGGCCGCGGACCUGUUGGGGAUGAAUAGAAGAACGCAAUCUUACUGGAAUUCUUUGGAACACUUUGAAGGAGAGUCACCCAAUGAUAAUUGUGUGAGGCGGAUAUAUCUCAAGCUGAUUAUGGAAGACCCAGUCUGGUAUCAGAUGAUAUUAGACCCUCCACCGCCCAAUUAA